CAUGUCUAUUAUCGAGGAUGGACAGGUUGCAGAAGUUUUGUACCUUAUUCCUAAAGAGUACCUGGAGCAGAUGCCCUACCUGAACCCCAACGACUACUAUCUGAGUGAGAGGCUGCAUGACAUGUCUACAGUGGCCCAUGCACAGGACACUCAGCAGCAGCAGCACUCCACAGAGAAGCCCCUGAUCCAGUGUUACAAAUGUGGCCAGCCGUGUAAAGGAGAGGUGCUGCGUGUCCAGAACAAGCACUUUCACCUCAAGUGUUUCACAUGUAAAGUGUGCGGUUGUGAUCUGGCCCAAGGCGGCUUUUUCAUGAAGAAUGGGGAGUACUUGUGCACUCUGGACUACCAACGGAUGCACGGGACCCGCUGUAACGGCUGUGGGGACUUUGUGGAAGGAGAGGUGGUCACGGCUCUGGGCAAAACUUACCACCCGGCCUGCUUUGUCUGCACCAUCUGCAAACGACCGUUCCCUGCAGGAGAUAGAGUGACCUUCAAUGGGAAAGACUGUCUGUGUCAGUACUGCAUCGAGCCAAUGUCACCGGGACCCAAGGACAUCCUGGGCUCCAGCAACUGUGCAGGAUGUGGCCGGGACAUUAAAAACGGACAGGCUCUUUUGGCUCUGGACCGACAGUGGCACCUGGGCUGCUUUAAGUGUAAAGCCUGUAGUAAAGUACUCACUGGAGAGUACAUCAGCAAGGAUGGCGCCCCCUACUGUGAGAAAGAUUAUCAGAUACAUUUUGGUGUUCGGUGCGAGGCGUGUCAUCAGUUCAUCACAGGGAAAGUGCUAGAGGCAGGAGACAAACACUACCAUCCCAGCUGUGCCCGGUGCAGCCGCUGUAACCAAAUGUUCACAGAAGGAGAGGAGAUGUAUCUACAAGGAUCCACUGUGUGGCAUCCCGGCUGCAAGAACACCACCAGAACAGAGGAGAGACAUAGGGAACGGCCUACGCGGUCGUCGUCCGAAAGUAUUUGUUCCCGACCUGGUUCAAGCAUACCUGGCUCACCGGGUCACACCAUCUAUGCAAAAGUAGACAAUGAGAUCCUUGAUUACAGAGACCUAGCUGCCAUUCCCAAAGUCAAAGCCAUUUAUGACAUUGAGCGUCCCGACCUUAUAACCUAUGAACCCAUGUACACCACCUCUUUGGACGAGCAAGACGAGAGGAGAGAGAGUGUGGGAGAGCUCCACACUGCCAGGAGAGAACGUUCACCACUGCCUGAUGACAAGUCCUCAAGAAACAUGUCGCCUACUCCAUCUUAUGAGGGCUCCUAUGACCGUCGGGAACGUAUUUUGCUGCGGUCAACCAGUCAGGGCUCCAUUGGCUCUCCUGUUUAUAACCGACACAACUACAUCCCUACACUGUCCCGGUCUCCACAGCACUUCCAUCGGCCCGAGGCUCUGACAGGGAUGCAGAAGCUGUGCUCCUCUCUGUGCAGUAACAGUAUGGGCUCCAAAAAUAGUGACUCCCGCCCCACCUCCCCUUUCAGACACCACUUCCUGCCCCAUAGCACAGGCACCACUGACCCCCCAAGCGGCCGCAGCUCCCCCCUCCCUCUCAGGCCCGACAGCCGGCCGGGCACCCCGCCUCUGUCUCUGACCCCCAAACACUUUCACCUGCCAGAUCAAGGAAGCAACAUCUACAGAAAACCUCCAAUCUACAAACAACAUGCUCGCCAAAGCAAGUCGGCGGAUGACAUCAUUCGUUCGGCCACGUUCCCCGCGGCUCACGCCCCCUCCCCGGACCACAGCGAGGCCGAGCGCAGGCCCUGCUCCCUGGCUGCUUUAGGUCCAGAGGGCAGGAGGAGAUCUAGAGAAGAGGACGAGGAAGAGGCCUUGAAAAGAAAACAACUGCAAGAAGAACAUCUUAAUAAGAUCCAGUCAGGUUUGGGGAAGUUGAUCCUGAAGGAGGAGAUGGAGAAGGAGCAAAUCAGAGCACGGAGUCAGUCUGCUCAGCGCUGUGACGCAGAGCCCACAUCUCCAACGAAAACAAAUUCGCUGCCUGGAUAUGGGAGAAAUGGCUUGCAUCGGCCCCAGUCAACAGAUUUCACUCAGUAUAACAGCUACAGUGACAUGUGUGGAGGAGGACGAGAGUUUCAGCACAUUAAGGAUGGCCGUGCAGCACUUGCAAGGAUGGACAGGGGAGUAUCUUUGCCUAAUAUGUUGGAGCCAAAAGUGUACCCAUAUGAGAUGUUGAUGAUCACCAGUCGAGGGAGAGCCAAACUGCCCCGGGAUGUGGACAGGACCAGACUAGAGCGCCACCUAGCUCCAGAAACGUUCUUUGACAUCUUCGGUAUGGAGAUCCAGGAAUUUGACAGGCUUCCUCUGUGGAAACGCAACGACAUGAAAAAGAAGGCCAAACUCUUCUAGCAUGAUUUACUGUACAUUCACCUGGAUAGCACACGGCAACUGUAAAAAUGAAACAAAAUCUAGAUGUUAUAGAAUUUUGGGUUGAUUUUUUUUUUUUUUUUUUUUUACUUAUUGUUUUAUUUUUCCUGGACAUAUUUGAGGAAGCCAUGCCACCUUUUCUCUCCAGAUACUUCCCAAGAACUUUUGAACUAUGAGCUGUCCAAAAAAACUUGCACAGGAAAUGGGACUUCUCUUCCAAAAAUGACAAAGAAUGAAUGAUGAAGUUAUGAUUUGCUUGAUUUGCUUUGCUUCGAGUGCUCAUAUUUUGUCCUUUUCUUGCCUGUUUAUUCUUCUAUUAUAUGUUGCUCCUGUGGAACUUUGUAAUUAGAAAAAAAUCAUGGCGCCAUUUUGAAAAGUCCAUGCUUGUAUAGCUUCAACAUACGUCCGCUUCCCUCCUUUUUGGCUUGGGCUGAAAUAGUUCAUUUUUAGUCCAAAGUUUGCAAGAAUGGGCUCAGUGAGUCUUUGGGAAACAUUUUGAGUGCUGACCCAUGCACUGUUUUUUCUGGAUCAACAAAUGAAUGAAAUCUCCUGCCUCCUCCUGCCCGACCACUUCCUCUUUAACCUUUCAAAAUAAAAGUCUCAGGCUCCCAUUGUUAACACAGCCAGACACUCUCCCUUUACAUGUAUUGGAAAUUUGAACACCACAUGCAGUAACCAUCGGCAACGUGAAACAAAUCAACUGUAUUUAAACUGUUUUAUAAUUGAAAAACCCACACUGCCAUUUGUUGUAUUGAAAUUGAAGCCAAUAAAGCUUUAAACCACCAUGAACAACACAAGCCUCUGCUGAACCAA